AUGCGACCUCCAUCGAACUCAUUCGUCGGUGCCGAAUGCCCCAUCCAUGAGCACUUGAUCCAUUGCCUCUCCUUCGCUCCCCUCCUCUCCCGCUUCCUAUCCCUCGACCCCCUCGCCCCCGGCUGCUUCCCCGUGCCUCAUUCAUUCUGUGGCCCCUCUCAUCUCUCUCGCCCGCUCAACCACUCGCCCGCGUGGCAGAUGGUGGUGAACCCACUCAAGGACACGGAGCUCAUCAUCUUCGGUGGGGAGUUCUACAAUGGGGAUAAGACGUACGUGUACGGCGAUCUGUACCGUUUCAACGCGGACAAGGCCACAUGGCGCCUGGUCAGCAGCCCCAACAGCCCGCCGCCUCGCAGCGGGCACCAUGCCGUCGCCUGGAAGAACUUCCUCUUCGUCUUCGGUGGCGAGUUCACGUCGCCCAAUCAGGAGAGGUUCCACCACUUCAAGGACCUAUGGCGGUUGGAUCUGAACAGCAACGAGUGGGAGCAGCUGAACCUCAAGGGCGCCCCCUCGCCCCGCUCCGGCCACCGCAUGGUGCUGUACAAGCAGAAAAUACUGCUGUUUGGAGGGUUCUAUGACAACCUUAGGGAUGUGCGCUACUUCAACGACCUCCAUGUGUUGGACCUCAACGACAUGAAGUGGUCCCAAGUGAAGCCCAAGCCGGGGGCAGCAUGGCCGUCCCCCCGCAGUGCCUUCCAGUUCGCCGCCCACCAGGACGAGGUGUAUGUGUACGGAGGCUACUUCAAGGAUCACGCCAGGGACGCGGAUGGCAAGGACAAGGGCGUCGUGCUCUCCGACCUCUGGCUGCUCGACCCGCGCUCCUACGAGUGGAACAAGGUGAAGCGGCUGGGGUCGCCACCGAGUGCGAGGGCGGGCUUCUCCCUGGCGGUGCACCGUAGCCGCGCCAUCCUCUUCGGGGGAGUCGUGGACCGCGAGGAGAAAGGCGGCGAUGUGUUGCGCAGCACGUUUCUGGACGACAUGUUUGCCUUCCAGAUGGACUCGCGCCGCUGGUUCCCCCUCCUCCUGCGCUCGCAGCAACAGGCCCUGGCGGCUGCCAGGAAGGCGGAGGUGAGCCAGCAGAGACCACUUGUAUUUGCCCCCCUCCACCUCAUUUGCCCCUGUCGACACCUCUUUCCACUUUUCACCCCUCGUUCCCUUCUCCACUCGUCGUUUCCCUUCUCCACUCGUCAUUGCCCCUCCCUACCCCUCUUUGCCCCUCCAACCCCUGUCGCCCAGCCAAAUGCAGGCAGUGCAGCAACGAGCGGCACACAGGCGGAUGGGGAGGAGGGGGAGGGUGAGAGUGACGAGGAAACGGAGGGGAGGAAGAGCAGGCAGGCAGGCAAUGCUGGUGAGAGCGAGGAGGAGGAGGAGGAGGUGACUGGGCGAAGAAAACAGAGACUGAAGCGGAAGGAGAGGAAGGGGGCCAAGUCAAAAGCAGCAGCAGCUGCAGCAGCAGCGGCAGGGGCACAGGUGGAGUAUGAUGGAGGCGAGGAGGAGUGGGAUGGGUGGGAGGAGGAGGAGGAAGCGGAGGAGGCGGCAGGGGGUGGCAGUGGGGGCGGCACAGAUGCAGUUGCCGCUUCCGAAGGCGGUGCAGCGCCAGGUUUGGAGGAGGCGACGGGCAGCAGGGAUUGUGAGAUGGGUGAGAGGGGUGAGAUGGAUGCGAGCAGGCAGGGGCCCAGAGAGGCAGACGGGCGGGGCAGUGACAACGAGCAGGCAGCAGCAGGGAGCCCGAGGGAAGCGAGUGGUGGUGAGGUGCAGGGCGGCUUGCAGAGGCUGAGCCUUGAGGAAGGCAGUGUGGGCGAGGACAUGCAGAGGAGUGCUGAGGGCAGCGAGGGGAAAGGGGGUGAUGACGCAGAGGGGGAUAAGACAGGGGUAGGCAGCGAGGCAGCAGGGGAAGGAAAGGAGAGGAAGGAGGGGGAGAGGAAGGAGGGGGAGAGGGAGGGGGGUGGGACGGGGGAGCGAGGGGAGGCGCCGUGCAGCCGCAUGAAUGCGGGGCUGGCAGUGGGCGGCAACACGCUGUACCUGUGGGGCGGCGCCAAGGAGGUGGGCGACCGCGAGGUGACUCUGGACGACCUCUUCAGCCUCAACCUCUCCAAGCUCGACCACUGGACGUGCCUUCACAAGGCGAGUGCCCGCAGCACCCCAAGCUGUGAGGGCAGUAUUCUGAUCGUUUCCCUAGAGUUGCUGCUGCCUGCCGCAAUACUCGUGCCACUCUCACUGCAAUACUCGUGCCACUCUCACUGCAAUACUCGUGCCACUCUCACUGCAAUACUCGUGCCACUCUCACUGCAAUACUCGUGCCACUCUCACUGCAAUACUCGUGCCACUCUCACUGCAAUACUCGUGCCACUCUCACUGCAAUACUCGUGCCACUCUCACUGCAAUACUCGUGCCACUCUCACUGCAAUACUCGUGCCACUCUCACUGCAAUACUCGUGCCACUCUCACUGCAAUACUCGUGCCACUCUCACUGCAAUACUCGUGCCACUCUCACUGCAAUACUCGUGCCACUCUCACUGCAAUACUCGUGCCACUCUCACUGCAAUACUCGUGCCACUCUCACUGCAAUACUCGUGCCACUCUCACUGCAACCUGCGUUGCGACAAGGCUGUGAGGGGGUCAGAGAGCACAUGGGUGGAGGUGGCAGAGGAGGAGGAGGACGAUGAGGAGGAGAGCGGUGAUGAGGAGAGUGGGGAGGAAGAGGAGGACGAGGAUGAGUCGAGCGACGAUGAGACUUCAACCAAGGCCACGGGCGGCGCCGCCACGGCGUCGGAGCUGGCAGCGGCGCUUCUGAGGGGCGAGGCUCCUGCGGGCGGCAAGCGCCAGCUGUCGCGCAAGGAGAGGCGGGCGGAGAUUGACCGGAUUCGCGCGGAUCUGGGGCUUGCAGACGCGGCGAGGACGCCCAUUCCUGGCGAGUCGCUGAGGGACUUCUUUGCCCGCACGGGCGAGCACUGGCAGCGCGAGGCGUACCAGCACACCCAGCGCACCGGCAAGGAGCUGCGCAAGGAUGGCUUUGAGCUCUGUGAGGCGCGCUACCGCGACCUGCUGCCCGUCCUCACUGAGCUUGAGAAGCUGGAGGCCGAGCAGAAGGCUGAAGAGGAGGCAGAAGCGGCGUCCAACAAGAGCAAGGGGAAGAAGGAGAAGGGCAGGCCGGCGGCACGCAGAUGA